AUGUCUGGGUCUAAAUCAGAAAAACCCUAUGGUAUUACGAACAUAAAAUCUUAUGUUCCUCUCAUCUUGGACACUGAUCGCAUGAAUUAUGACUCGUGGCGAGAAUUGUUUGAAAAUCACUGCAAGGGUUUUGGAGUUCACAAACAUCUUCUACCUCCUGCCUCCACUGCCGAGAUCUCCACUAUCACCUCUGAAAAGUCUACCACUACAGAACUCAAAGAAGAAUGGGAAGAGAUAGAUGCGAUUGUCAAAGGUUGGAUUUAUGGUACCCUUACUCAACCUCUUCUUCAAUCUAUUAUCAAGAAGAACACCACUGCUUAUGAUGUCUGGUCUAGUCUUGAAAACCGUUUCCAUGAUAACAAAGACACACGAGCCAUGGAGCUUGACAUAGAAAUUCGAAACUUAUCGAUGAGUGAUUCCUCCAUGGAUGAUUAUAUCAAUCGAGUAUCAAAACUUGCAGAUAUGCUCGACAAUAUUGGUGCUUCUGUUCCCAUGCCUCCCCAUUCUCAUUAA